AUGUCGAUUCCUACCGUGGGUGAUGUUCAGCGGCAGAUGCCAAAACCAGAUCAGAUGAAAAAUGUGGUCAAGUACAAAGGGCCAAACAGCAACCAGGCAGUUUUGAAGCAAGCGGCAACGAACUCCGAGCUACAGAAAGCAGUCGAGGCAGGAGAUGCAGAGAUGAUGAAGGCAAUUCUCCGGUACGGCUCAGCCAAGCGUUGUGUGAACGUCAAUGCCCCUCUUUGGCCAAAGAGAGAACGCAUGCUGCAUUUGGCUGCGCAGAAAGGAUUCCGAGAUGUUGGCGUUCUUCUGCUAGAGGCGAAAGCAGAGAUCGAUGCCGAAGAAAUCUGUGAUGGUAAGCAUCCCAUUCACGAAGCUUGCAAGCACGGGCACUAUGACGUUUGCGAACUGCUUCUGGACCGUAAGGCUCACAUUGAAGAAGCCACAUUCACGGGAAUGCGACCUUUGCAUUGGGCUGCAGCGGAGGGUCAUGCUGAGAUUUGCGACAUGUUGCUGGAUAGGAAGGCUGUUCUUUAUGCCACAUCUGGAGAUACCCGGGAAGCCAUACACCAUGCAGCUGCCAAUGGUCAUGCUGAUGUCAUCGAAACCUUGUGCAGGCGGGGUGCCAGGCCUGAUGUCGAAGCCGGUGGUCACCGACCUUUACACCUUGCCUGCCUAAACGGGCAGUGUGGUCAUUUGGCAGCGGUGAAAGCAUUGCUGGAUUACGGUGCGUUGAGCUCACUUGAGGACUUCGGUUCUAACGGAACCUUGAGACGCUGCCAGGGCACUGACAUAGAGGCUUUGGUUCGCCGCAUCGGGCAGCUCAACCUUCAGAUAGAUGAAGCUGAAGAGAUGGACGACAUGGGACAGCAUGAAGAAGCGAGGGAAGCUUACACUGAGGUGUUGACAAGUUUUGACGAACUUGGCAUGAUCCGAUCGGCCGAAUCUCUGCGAAGCAGCAUGCAGUCUCCGGAGAUGCUUCCACUUGCUCGGAAUCUGCCUGUGAGUGUGAAGAUCCUUCCUGGCCUAGGUGCAGAUGAGACCUGUCUUCACAUAGUUGAGGAUGCCGAUGGUAUGCAGCUUGCAAGCUCGAAUUCAAGUUCUUGUACAGUCUUUCGCUUCAACGGCGCAUCAAUCUUGGCCAAGGCAUACAACAGUUGCCUUUCGUGGGCAGACACCUGGAAGCUGGUGCCUUGUGCGUCCAAAUCCCUCAAGUUUGCGCAGAGAGCGCUGCCGAAGGAGGAGGACAUUUAUUGCGCUGGGAAGCGGAAGCAACUUUGCGUGCAAGCCGUCGAGUACAUGUGCACGACUGACCCGGGUCAGUGUAGCAUGGGCGAUUGCCGCUGUGAGGAUGCAUCCCACGUCCGUAAGGAAAUGCAGACCGUCAACAGAUCUCUGUGCCAAGUGUGUGGACCUCCAGUGCCGAAUUGCCCCAUGUCUUCCGACUCGUGUGUCGCCGGCCCGUGCGAGUGCCCCGGAGGUUUCGUCAAGGUCAGCCGUGGUGACGAUUGCUUUAGCUGCACCGCAGGACCAGCGCCUCCAACAGGACCAGGAGUUGCAACUUUUUCAUCCUUGGCCUCAGCAAUCGUUUCGUUCCUUUGUUGCGUUGGCCUGGGAGUUGCUGUUGCCUGUGCGGCACGUCGAUGUUUCGUGGUCGAAGAUGCAGACAACACGGCUCGAACUCGCCGUCGACGUCGAAAUGUCACGCCAAGGACAUGGUCUGAACGAUGGGCACUUCAUUUGGAAGAAGCUCUAGAGGCUGUUUGCAAGAGCACUCGGUCUUGGAGGCCCUUCCGAUCCGCUACCGCUGCAGUGAUUAAUUUCUUUGACAUGUGCGAUGAUGCGUUAUUUCCUGUUUACGAACUGUUGGAGACUGGCUUGGACUCAUUGCAGCGUGGUGCCGCAACCAUCGCCAAGGCAGCCGUGGGCACCGCAAGAGAGGAACAUUUCUCCCUGAUAGGAUCUGUGCUGGAUGCCCUCGGGCCGGCCCUUGCCGUCUAUUGUUGCGACAGGGCCUUUGCCUCAGCCAGCAAUUUCCAAGUUCUGGAGUAUUGGACGAAGGAAGGACACAAGGCUGCUCCAAGGGCUUUCCAGCAUGCUCACGCGGAGAAGGAGCCCAUUCCAUGUGAUUCGUUUCCGAUCCCGGAGGCAAGAUGUGAUACAUUGGAGGGCUUGCUUGGAGGGGUAGGAGCCAAUGUUCGUAGCUCAGCGAGAAAUUGUUCCACACCCAGAGAGCGAAUGCCGAUGACAGAAAUCAUUAGUACCGUGAUGCUGGUGCUCUUGGCCGAGGUUGAUGCGAAUCUCGCUUUCUCCCUCUGUCUCUCCGCAACCGCAGCGAUGAAAGCUGCACAGCAAGCCGUGCAAACGCCUGCUGAACAGGAUCUACCGGUGGAUGACUCGUGGAUCGACGACAUAGAACGCAAAGAGGUCAAUCAGAAGGAGGCGAAUGGAGAACGGGCUGCUGCUUUGCGGAGGGAGCGCAAGCAUGCCGUCAGAGCACGGCGGGCUCGCAGCGAUAACGAAGGCAUGCAAGACACCGAAAACGACAAGACUGACGACCAGGAUCUUGGAGCUGGAGGUAAGAAGAGCGAGAGACAAGACAAGCUCCUCGGUGAGGAACAUACCAUGCAGUGGGCUAACGGCAUCUUCCUGUUGGCAGAAGAAUCAGACACUGGAGCCGAGGAUGAAGUCCGUCAAGUCAAGAAGGCAGACAUGGAGGACCCGCAGCAGAAUUUGCCUCAUGAACUCGAAGGGUCCAAGUCGUAUGAAGUAGAAGAGGCGAGUGAAGGAGAAGGCUGGAUCAAAAGUUCUUCCAUGAAGGUGCGAGGUGCAAGGAGACGAGGUGAGAUGCAGGCGGAACAGGAGCCUGCUGCGGAGCCAGAUCCUCAGCCUGAAGCAGAGUCCAACAAGCAGCCUGCAGACCUUGAGCGGCCACAAAGCGAUGUAUCCCAACCAGACAAGACCCAGCCACAGACGCCGCAGACGCCGCAGACGCAGCAGACAGCCGAUGCUCCAAACGGCUUGUCCAAGCGGCAGCGGCAACGAAUACGUCAGCGACAAGCCGGCGAAGAUGCACGGGCAUCUGGUCGCAAGCCAGAUCCGCGGCAUGAGGCACGUCGGUUUUGUGCUAAUUACUAUCAGCUCGAUGCACGUUUCAAAGUGCUCCCACAUGCUUUGGAUCGGAGACAGGCAGCUUCCAAGAUGGAGAAAGGAGAGGAAGCCAUGACGCUUCCUGCUCCGGAAUCGGCAACUCCCGUGGCAGUUGAAACGACAGAAGCUGAUGCCCCUGCAUCUCGUGCGGAGAAGGAGGCCUACCGGUCAAUCACAAAAGCUGUCGUCCGUGACAGGCAGAUGAGCCAGCACCGUCUUUUGCAGACAUCGUGGCAGGGAGACCGCCGAGGCAGCAGGUGGGCAUCUGGAGCCAUGGGCAUGGAGUCACAACAUCAAGAGAUGUCAAGAUCAUUCGACUUCCUGCAUGUUGUGAACGGCACUGAUGGUCGCACUGCUUUUGUCAACUUUAUCGAUCCUGUUUUUGUCAUGCUGUUCUCCUGCAUUUGUCAGGAGUACAGCUUUCAGGGCAACGUGUCUAUGUCCGACGUGCAUGGGCUUCAGGCUCUCAAGGCACAUUGGGCUCGCGAAGAGAAUCACAGCACUAGCCAGCCGGUGAUUCUCCCUGAUGCAAGGCCGACUCAGUGGGCCGUGAAUGCGGUGAACCACAUGCUGUCGCCGCAUCCGCUGAAAUAUCAAUUCCGGAAGACGAAGAUGUGUGCAUACAACAAGAAGAAGAUGUGUGAAAUGGGUACAGAAUGUCCCUUCGCGCACUCCAGAGGAGAGUUGCAGCCAAUGCCAGACUUGGCAAAGACCAAGAUGUGCUACAACUACUUCCAGAGGAGAUGCGCAGAUGCCCACUGCAAGUUUGCGCACGGCUCUGCAGAGCUGCGGUCUGUGUGGACGCGGAUGCCCUGUGGCACGUGGCCAGUGGAAGAGGCUUCCAACUGGAGCUGGGAUCCUCUCGGCGAGGAGAUUCAGCCACCCUGGAGCACUUCCAGCAAGAGCCGCGAUGAAGGCGACGCCGCUCUCUUCGAAACACUCCCCAGAGAAGGUAAAACACGAACAUCCAGUGACGAAGGGAACGUCAACGAUUUCGCAUUGCGUGUUCGAAACGGCUUCUUGGAAGUCAUGCAAGUGGAUACGGAUGACGAGGAAGACACUGGAAUGCAACAUUCAAUAAAGAGAUCCUUCAGCGACAGCCACAUCGCAACUCUCAAAGAGGCGAUGCACGAGGCAAGAGAUCUCUAA